AAAGAAACUCUCAGUAGGUUGUUUAGUGGGAAAUAUUAAAGGAAAGCUUAACGGUUCAACUGACUUCUUAUUGUGAAAAUUUGUGAUUUUUGUUUGAAAAUUUACCUGAAAAAAUGUCAUUCUUGAAUCCACGAGAUCCCAGCAUUGAUUUCCACAAUCGCCCAAUGCCGGUGGUGAGUCAGCCCCGUUUGGAGCCCCUUUUGACGGAGGAAGAAGAAGAAUCCGGAUGUUCCGUGGAUGCCACGGGAUCUACGGGGUCCACGGAGAGUCUCUCCUUCGCUGAAGGACGCGUGGAUGUGUAUUUACGCCUCCGUAGCCCCGGGACUUAUGCACCGGGUCAGAAGAAGCUCUACGAAGCCACAAUGACGGGCCUAAAGGUGCAGUGUGGGAAGAAGAAUGCUUCCGGACAAAGCAAAGAUUCCUGCACUCAGCUGUUCUCCUUCACGAAGGUCUUUGAGCAUCUCAAUAAUCAACGGGAUAUCUUUCAUGGUGCCAUAAAGCAGCAUAUUGAGAAUGAGGAGGAUGCUGUCUUCCUCACGUACGGAACUUCCGGCUCCGGGAAGACUUACACGCUUCUGGGCACUCAAGAGAAUCCUGGUAUUGUUCCGCGGGCAGUUAAGAUGAUUUUUGCAAAGUACGGCAAUAAAAUUGCCUACCAGGCAGAGUUAAAGUUCGCCAAUGGAUCAUUCAAAGUUCUCGAUGAAGAUCGUGCUGUGCAGGAAGAGAUGGUACGAAGGCGGAUUCUCAAUUCUCCGGAAGCACAGAGUGGUGUCUUCAAUUUUGAGGAGCUGCAGCGGAAAAUUGACCACGAAGAGGACUUCCGGGGGAAUGCUUCCGUUGGGGAAUGCGUGUACAUUUGGGUUUCCUUCAUGGAGAUCUACAAUGAGCGCGUUUAUGAUCUUCUGGGGAAGUCUCCGGUGGGGCCACGUCCGCAAUUGAAGGUCCUUUCGAAUAAAGGGCGUCCCUAUGCGAAGAAUCUCACAUACGUGUACGUCCGGACGGCUGAGGAUGUCAUCAAGGUGCUCAACUACGGGCUGAAUCACAUCAGUUGCGGCUCCACAGCAAUCAAUGCCACCUCCAGUCGCUCCCAUAGUCUCUUCACCAUGCUCGUGAUUAAAUUGUCCACACCGGAUAAUCUCAGCUGUGUGUCGUACUGCUUUGGGGACUUGGCCGGUUCGGAGCGCCUCAAGAAGACGGAGAAUGUGGGGAAUCGCCUGAAAGAGGCACAGAACAUCAACAAGUCCCUCAUGUACCUGGGCAAGUGCCUCAAUGUUCUCCAUGAGAAUCGACUGAAGAAACAAAAGACCAUCGUACCCUUCCGUGACUCCAAGCUCACCGUUCUCAUUCAAUCCGCCCUCCUGGGCCGCGAGAAUCUCAUCCUCAUUGUCAAUCUUGAUCCCAUUGAGACGUUCUAUGAGGAAAAUAUGCACGUGCUGGACUUUUCAGCCAUUGCCCGGGAGAUUGUUCAUCCACCAACGCCUGAGAAGAAGAUUAAAACAGCCCGAUUCUCCAUUCUCAAUGCUACGGCCGCACAGAGUGCUCAACGUGCCCUCCUUGAUGAGAAUUUCAAACUCAAGACAGCAAAUGAGACACUUCUCAGUGAGAACAAUUAUCUCCUCGAUGAGAAUGCCACGCUCAAGGAGGAGAAUGAUCAGCUCCGGGAGAAAAUUCAUGAUCUUGUCAACAGCAUGAUGGAGAAGGAGAUGCGCAUCCGACGGAAUCUCGUCGAUACGUCGCGUGAGCAUUUGGAGAAGCAAAAGGCGCUUCUAGAUAAAAUUCAUCAGAGUGAGAUGAUGGCUCAGGCCAGGGCACACGCAACGGAAAUCCGGAAGCUCCAAUUGCAAAUUCGUCAACUGGAGGAGGAAAUCGUGGAGAUCCCGAGUAGUGGUGAAGAUGAAUCCUCGUAACCUCCUUUAAAUGACCCAAAAAUCUCUCUGUAUAUAAAUAUUGUGUCUUAUAUUAAUUUUUAAUUAUAAAAAAAAACUCAUUCCAUUUUCAAUCACAGCACAGACAUUUUUUUUAUUGAAUAAAUUAUUUUUUCUUGACUA